GAAUGAAGAAGAAAAAGGUGUUCUUAUUAUUUUUUUGUUGCCUUAUGAAGCAGCCGCCGUUGAGCUGGUCUUUGUAGAGACAUUGCCACGUUCUCUAUCAUUUUCUCAACCUUUCUACCUCUCAGUCGCUCCAUAGUCCAUCGAUUUUCCUUUAAAUUGCUACCAAAACCUUGUCCAUUGAUACCCAGAUCACUAUAGCUCUUCGCAACAACAUUCCCACCUCUGCAUAAGGAAUCCAUGGAUUCUCAGCUUCUAAAUCAGCGCCCAAUUUCGUCUAUUCUCAUCAUAAUCGCUAUGCAGACCGAAGCGCUUCCUUUGGUGGAUAAGUUUCAACUUAGGGAAGAUGUUGGCUCUGUGUUUCCAAAGGAGGUUCCCUGGGUUCGUUAUCAUGGGAUUUACAAACAUCUUGAGAUCAAUUUAAUUUGGCCUGGAAAGGAUUUGGCCUUGGGGGUUGAUAGCGUGGGCACGAUUUCGGCUUCGCUCGUAACCUAUGCUUCUGUCCAAGCAUUGCAACCAGACCUGAUUAUCAAUGCAGGCACUGCUGGUGGUUUUAAGGCAAAAGGAGCGAGUAUUGGCGAUGUCUUUCUCGUAUCCGAGUGUGCUUUCCAUGACAGACGUAUACCUAUUCCAGUUUUCGAUUUAUAUGGAGUCGGAUCGAAGCAAGCAAUGUCGACACCCAAUCUCCUUAAGGAGCUCGAUCUAAAGAUCGGAAAAUUAUCAACCGGUGACUCGCUAGACAUGUCUGCACAGGAUGAAGCAUCGAUUCUAGCUAACGAUGCCACGGUUAAAGAUAUGGAGGGAGCAGCAAUUGCGUAUGUAGCAGAUAUCUUCAAAGUUCCUGCAAUAUUUGUAAAAGCUGUUACUGAUAUCGUCGAUGGCGAAAAACCGACUGCAGAAGAAUUCUUGCAGAAUUUGGCCACAGUUUCUGCAGCACUGGAUCAAGCAGUUACACAAGUUGUAAAUUUCAUCAGUGGAAAGUGCAUUCAUGAACUUUGAUGAUUGCUAGCUACGAUUUUUUCCCAUACAAUACAAGAUAUUGAACAGGCAAUAUGUGAUGUAGAAGAGUCAAUAAUACCCUAAGCAGAUGAACUUUUGAAGAUCAUAUUACGAACUCUCUAUUUUAUUGUAUCCUAAAUGUCUAUCGGCUAGCCCGAGCAAACUAAUACAUGCUCUCGUGCACUGGUUAUUUGGGAAUGC